GCGGCUUCGUGAAAUGGCGGUGGUUUCCUACGCUCUUUUCGGAAUUGCAAUAUUUUUCUUUGGAGGUUGGUGUUUUGUAUGGUUAAUGCACCUCAUAGCUAUAUUCAAUGCGAAACUGAAAUUACAUAAGAAAAUUCAGUUAAUUCCACCAGAAGAACCACUUCCUGGAGUUUCCAUAAUCAAACCACUUGUGGGAGUUGAUCCAAACCUAUUUAUUAACCUUGAGACUUUCUUUACUAUGAACUAUCCUCAGUAUGAGCUUUUGUUGUGUAUCCACGAUGAGAGUGAUCCUUCCAUUAUGUUAGUUAAACGUUUGAUGGAGAAGUAUCCAAGUGUUGAUGCCAAAAUAUUUAUAGGUGGAAUGAAAGUUGGGGUUAAUCCAAAGAUUAAUAAUAUGCAACUUGGCUAUGAAGCUGCCAAGUAUGAUUUGUUUCUAGUCUCUGACAGUGGUAUUAGAAUGAAAGAAGACACUCUCUUGGACAUGGUUCUGUCCAUGAAGGAUGACACCGGCCUAGUCCAUCAAAUGCCUUUUACAUGUGACAGAAAAGGUUUUCCAGCAACAUUAGAGAAGGUUUUCUUUGGUACAUCUCAUGCACGUAUCUACCUGUCAGCUGACUUCUUUAGGAUCAAUUGCCCUACAGGAAUGUCAGCAUUAAUGCGGAAGAAGCCUCUUGAUGAAAUAGGAGGAAUCAAAGCUUUUGCUCAUUACCUAGCAGAGGAUUUCUUCUUUGCCAAGUCAUUUACUGACAGAGGGUGGAAGUUAAGAAUUAGUUCUCAGCCAGCUUGGCAAAACUCGGGACACUGUGACAUCAGUAGCUUUAGAAAUCGAAUUACGAGAUGGGGAAAGCUUCGGUUUGCUAUGGUGCCUCACACAAUCUUUUUCGAACCACUUUCUGAAUGUCUUUUUCUGGGAAUUUUUGUUGCAUGGUCAGCAAACUUCCUUUUCAACUGGGAUUGUUUUGUAUUAUAUUUAGUACAUGUUUUAGUUUGGUUUUUACUCGAUUGGAUUCUCCUGUGUAUUAUACAGAAUGGAUCUCUCCCUUUUAGUAAAGGAGAUUUUGUAGUGGCUUGGAUAUUUCGUGAGAGCUCAGCUCUUUAUCUCUAUUUGAAAGCUUUGUUUGACCCAACCAUUCGGUGGCGAACUGGAACCUAUAAGCUUCGAUGGGGAGGAGUAGCAGAAGAAAUCAAGUCCAAGUUAUAGCCUCUAUAUUAUUUUUGGUUUGGCUCAUUAAAAAAGUAAACCAAUGUAUAUAUAUACAAUUUGUCUUUGAACUAACUUAAGUAUCUUGUGGGUGUUUAUCCUACUUUUCGUUUAAUCCAAAACUCAACUUUUUUUUACUUCUGAAAAUGUAUAUACUCAACUUAAUGAAUUUAUCAUCAUGGUUCUACAUUGAAUUGGAAUCAUUGACCAUGAAAUUGAAAAUUAGUAGGUUUGAUGUAAUAAUUUACUUAAUGUUUGUAUUAAGAAAAAAAAACUAAAUAGGUGUUUAAUGAUAAUCAGAAGGACUAGUACAUAAAUUGUUUUCAUUACAUAGUUCUGUUUUUUAGCCGGACAUAAGUUGCUUAGAAUGUUUUUUCUUCUAAUUAUCAUGCGUAAUAAGCCAUUAAAGUAAGAAACGUAGCUACAGUAAGUUUGAUGGAUAUAGCUGUAAUAUUGAAGAAAAAUGUUAAGUUCUUACAGCAAUGUUGCAACCCAUCUUGUAGAUAUCUCUCAUAGCAUUGUUCAUGUUGGUAAUUGGUAAUAGUCAGUAAGUGUGUUUUGAAACUACAAGAAAAACUAGAGGUAAACAAGUAUUUUGCCACAACAUAAGACUUUCAAUGUUUUCUAGUUUUGUAUUUCAAAGCUUUUGAUGUCUAAUAUUCAAACAAAAAAAUAAUGUAUGAAACAUUUUAUUAUUAUGUUUUGUUAAGUUACUUUUUUUGCUUAGAAAUAAUUUAUUUUUAGGAUUAAAGACAAUCCCAUGCAAAUAAAAUGGGUCUUUCAGAAUCUAGAACAGUCAAUUUACAAGUACAUUUUUCAGGAUGUCUGGCUGAGUUUACCCUACUGGCAGGUUUUAACACAUCCUUGCCCUAUCAUGAACUUCUGAUGUUCUAAUCAACUUUCUUAAGUUGAUAGUGUAAAAUAUUAUCAUUAAAAACAGAAACUUUAAAUCAUUAUUUUAAACUAAUACUCUUCCUAAAAAAAACUAAGUGCUUAAUAUUUGUAUAGAUUGACAAAUGAGUUCAGAUACUAAUUCAACAGUUCACAGUUUGCUGAGUACUUUUCAGUGAUGCUUAUUUUGAUCAUAGUGAAAUACUGUUGUGGUAUUUAUAAAGUGCAAGAUAUAAGUGAAAAUUAGUGAUUCAACAGAUAAUUCACAACUCAAUUUUAUUUGAAUUGUAUUAAUAGUAUUAAUUAAAAUAUAAGAUAAAUCAGGUUUUUUAUGUUAUUUAGUUGAAAAGUGGGAAGAAAUUAGAGAAUUUGUAAACUUGACAAAUUUGGCUUGUUAUUAGGAAAACGAAAUAUAAUAGUUUUUAUACUAAGCAUGUUAUUGAGUUAGUGUACAUUGAACAUGGCUAAAAAAGUCACUUGGAGUAUAUGAGGAUUUCUUUUCUGAACUUGUUUACAUCACCUCUGUUUUGUGUGUGUGUUUAGUCAUUAGAUAGUAAAAUUAGGUACUGCUUUGCUCCUAUAUGAACCUCCAGUUUAUAUCCAGAGGUAACUGUCAUUUAUGAAAAGUCUGAAUAAUUAAUUUUAGUUAGAAAAAGUCAUUGUGUUUAUAAACAGGACUACUAACCAUUAUAAAGGUAGUCUUUGUGCUGUGAAAUAAGUGUUUUGUAAAUUACAACAGUUAAGAGGACCAGUGUUUGUUACUGGAAUAUCUUAACCUGCAACUGUGAAUAGAAUUAGUGUAUUGUUAAAAUAAUAUGCUAACAUGUAGUGUAUAGGACCAUUAAUUCCUCCAUUGUGUUUUAGAUGACAUUGUGUUGAUAAACAGUAGCAGUCUGUUGAACCAUACUUGUUAUUUAAAGAUUUCCUAGACAUACUUCACGUAAAACCACUAAGGUUUAUUCAAUGUUUAUAAAAAACAAAGGUAUCAUACUCAUCACUGGAUGAAUCUUUUUCAUAAGCUUCAGAAGAAAUUGGUCUGUCCACAAAGAACACUAACUAGGAUUCACAUCGAUCUUUUUAAAAUCAUUCUCUUUAUAAAGAUUGUGUCAGUCUCGUAACCAGGUGAUCCUUUUUAUUUGUUAAGAGUUGUAAAACAAACAAGAAUAUAGAAUCAUAUCCAUCACUUCUUUUUAGCUUCUAUUAUUUUGCUUCAAAUUAAAACGUUGUGUUUAUGAAGUACAUGUGGCUCUUUAGUGAUUAGAAAAAGAUACUUAGAAAUUUUGACUUAAAUAGAUUUGAACAUUCAGGUAACAUAUAUUUAAUUUCCUUUCGCAUUUGGCUAUUCUUUUCUCUUCCACUAAAUUCCAUAUAUUUUUUUCUUUUCAAUAUAAAUUAAAAUAAAGUAGAAUUGAAGUCUGAUUGGUAAAGUUGUCAAAAAUAAACACAUUGAGCAUUAGUAUUAUGCAUUAAAAGAAAAGUUAUUUAAACAAAAACUUGAUUUCUUUAACAGUGUGAAACUACUGCUAUUUUUUCCAUUUAUUUUGAUAUUAUUUAUGAGUGUUGUUUGCACUUGGUAACUAAGUAUUAUCCAUUUUGAUCUUGACUGUGAAUGGCAGAGGUGGUAAAUAGAAAUACUGGCAGUCUUGAGUAAACGUUGUGCCUGAAGUUGACAUUUCUGUUUGCAUUCCAUCAUUUUGUGUACAAGACACUAAGAGCUGUGAUAAUGAUUGAUUUCCAUUAAUUCUAAGUCUGUAUGUUUUGAUCUUAUUUAAUAUUCAGGUUCAUGGUGAUCAUUUUGCGGUGCACUGUUGUAACAAGCUCCAACCCUGCACUUGGUUUUAAUCAUAAUUACCAACAUGUGUUUUAAAGAUGAUGAUCCCCAGUGUCUUAGACAAAGAAGAAUGAUGAGUCAAGAGUCCAUGUUAUGUUAACAUUGCUUGUAUUGUGUUGAGUAUAAUAUUCCUAAAAUAUGAUUCAUUAUCUUUGUUUCACUACUCAAGUAAAUGUUAGAGGAUUUUGCUUGCUUUUCAUACGGUGGUUUUCUUCACUCGUUGAUACAAUAGUAUUAUUUGAGCUAAUCUUAUAUUUUAACACAGACUUCUCUGCUCAUGUAUUUCUGCUUUUGUAAUUAUCAGGUAUGAAGCUCUUCAGAAAUUUUGUUUUAUUAAGGGUUACCAUUGAGCCAAGUAACUUAGCAACCACACCUUACACCUUCAUCUUGCUAUUUUAACAAAGUAUUCCAUUGAUAUUUCAAUUUUUACUUUCACUAACUAUUGUGGUUAUUCAACUAUCAUAUGAAAUGGCCAGUGACUUGUCCCUGGUUAAAAAUACAACAGAAUCUCAUUCAUUAUGAAUAUGGAGGGGUGGGGGUGUAAUUCCGAAGAUAUCAGCUUCAUUUCUGAUACAUAGUACAAAUUGAUGGCAGUAUUAAUCUGAAAAAUUGUUUUGUUGUAGAGAAAAAAAUUGGUAGCUUAAGAUACUUUUUUUUGUACAAACGUGUUCUCAUAGCUGUAGUCAAUGGUGCAUCUUUAAUAUUGUGAAAAGCAUGUAACAUUGUAUCUUUCUAUGUUCUUAGGCAUUGUGAUUUGUUUAAGUGAAGGUAAAAAUAUAAAUAUUUAUGAAGACCUCAGUUCUAUGAGGUUUUUUUUUUUCCCCUAAUUGUUAAGCACAAACACUGUUUGGUUCACUGACAUGUCUCCAACUUAGUCAUU